AUGGAGGUAGCACAGGUCAAAAUAGGAGAGGUUGAUCCGAAGCGGUUGUGCAUAGAUGGGUGCUCAGGUUUAUGGGUUUAUGGGUUGUGCAUAUACGGUUGUAUAAGUGACUUGAAGAGCUGCAUAUCAGAUAUGCACAAGUUCGAAUCUCGUUACCUGAUUAAACUUCUGGGUUGUGCGGAUGUCCUGGAAAAGAACGCACAUAACUGUUCUCCAAUCAACUUUCUCGAGAAGCUCUCAUGUCCUAUUAUCCUGUUUCAGAGCCUUGAAGUCGUACCACCAAACCAGGCACGAAUGAUUUAUGAUGCAGCUAGGAUGAAGGGUAUUCCUAUUGCUCUUGUUGAGUAUGAAGGGGUAAAACAUGGGUUUCGGAAGGCUGAGAACAUUCGUAACUCACAUGAACAAGAGUUGAAGUUCUUAGCCCCUAAUUGGAGGAUUCGAAGUUGCUGA